CUUUAGUUAUUUUCUCACUUCCAAUACCGCCAAAAUGCGUUUCGGACUCGCCGCUGUUUUCCUUGCCACCAUUGUCGGCACUGGUCUCACUGCCCCUCUGGCUUCCCAGCGACGCUCUCUCGUUGGUGAUGUCGGCAACCUUCUCGGAGGCAUCACCCAGGGCGUCGUUGUCGACGUUGUCGUCCUUGAGACCCAGCUGGUCUCUCUGCUCGGCCCCAUCGUCCAGACGAUCGAGUCUGCUCUUCCUACCGCCACCACUCUGGCUUCCAAGCUUGUCAGCCUUGUUGAUGGCGUUGGCGCUCAGGCCACCGAUGCUCUUGGCCUGAACAACGUUGUCCAGAUCGUUGGUGAGGCUAUCGCCAUGGUUGCCCAGGGCGUUGACUUGAACGCUGUCAACGCUUACCUCAACGCUGCUACUGGCGGUACCAUUACCAGCCUUGAGGCCGCUCUUGGCAUCAACAACCUUACUCAGGUUCUUGGCCUCUAAAUGUGAUGAGGCCUAUUGGGGGAUGCAAAAAUCGACAUCGGUUUUUGGGCAUAGUAUUUGCAGUUACGAUUCUUGUUACCUAGCCUUAUUUGCAAUAUACGAGCAUUUUGGAGGUGUCUGGCGAUUGAAGAUACCCGUUUCCUAGAACUUUCUUCCCAUGAUAUCGUGAUUCCCACCCCUUUGCGUCUUGCAGUCUCAUUUAAAUCCACGGAGAUUCGCAUGGAGUCCCUAUCGUGAGGUAAUGUGUUGAACUGGCAAAAUCCCCUUGUGGCAGGUUUCGUAAAAACUCAAGUAAACCGUUCUUAAACUGGUAUUCUAAAUGUCGUUUUGUGU